AUGAGCUUGGACAAGUUUCAUGAAUUCUUUCAGUCAUGGGUCACUAAGGAAACAGUCACAGUCGAAGAAUUACAAAGUCAUUUCAAAGAAGUAUAUGGCAAUACUCCCCUUACUGAUAUGGAGAGCAUCCGCUUAUGGAAUUACAUUUCCUAUUUGUGCAAUAAAUAUCUUCACAAGGAAUAUGAUUUCUUAAAGUUCGUGGAAGAUUUCCAAUACAUUCUGGAACGAAUGGAUGAAGAAAAACAAAAACAAGGUCCUGGAAUCACCUUAGUAUUCUUAUGA